GCGAUAUCGUUGUUGUUGAAAAAAUCUAUGGAUGUUGGUGUACGUUAUCGUAGAGGAAUCACGAUUGAUAGUGAAGCGUUGACUGGUGAUGCAGUGACGAAUAUGGCAGAUGCAAAUUGCACUCUGACUGAGAAUGAGAUUGAUGAUACAGAUAACAGUAUCAAUGGUCAUAUUGAAUGUUCUUCUUUAAGUUGGUACGGCAGUGUGCUGCGUCAAGGAGUAUUGCACUGA